AUGGAGGCGAACGUGAGCGACGAGAGCGGCCACUUCCAGGCGUACCCCUUCGAUUUCCUGGAUUUCCUGACGCACCAGCGCUCGGAGCCGCCGGAGCCCUUCGAGCCCGCGCCCAAGGCGCUGCCGCUGCCCCCUCCCCAAUUCGAGUACCCCCCCCCAGCCAGCGCCCCCCCCUUCGACCGCGCCCCCCUCCCCAAACACAAGCCGGACCCCGCUGCCCCCCCUUCCUCCUCCUCCUCCUCCUCCCAACCCCACCCCAAAAAACCCGACGGGUCCCUGGGGGGCUCCCCGUACCCCCCCCCUCCGCUUCCACCCCCUCCCCAGCCGCUCUUUGAGACCUCGGCCGCUUUCCCCACCCCGCAGUGGGGCAUCGUGGACCUCUCCGGCCACCAGCACCUUUUCGGGGGCCUCAAACGCGGCUCGGCCUCGGGCACGACCGGCGGCGUCCCCGGCGGCGCCCCCGGGCCCAACCCGGAACCAAAAGACGAGCGGAACUAUUUUAAGCGGCUCAAGUACCUGGUGGAGCGGCGAUUCCCGUGCGCCGCCUGCCCCAAGGCCUUCCGGCAGGCCUCGCACCUGGUGCAGCACAUGCAGGCCCACGGCGGCGGCGCCGGCGGCGGUGAGGCCCGGCCCUACGAGUGCCGCACCUGCGGCCGCUCCUACAGCCACGGCUCCAGCCUGGUGCGGCACCGCCGCUGCCACCGCGACGGCGCCGAGGACGGGCGCGCUGACCCCGUGCCCAACGGGGUCGGCGUCAACGGGGUUGGCGCGGUGGAUGGAGGAGGGCACGCGGCGCCCAACGGGGUGACCGCGGUGGCCACGGUGAGCGUGGCGCCCAGCGCGGUGAACUCGGUGUCCGGCGGGCUGAGCGUGGCUCCCAGCGAGGUCACCGCGGUGGCCACCAACGUCGGCGCCACCAAUGUCGGCGCCACCAAUGUCAGCACCACCAACGGGGCCGGCAGGGCCGGCGCCUUGCGCGGAGUGACCGCGCCGAGCGCCGGACACGGCGUGGGCGCGUCCCCCAACGGCGUCAACGCGCUGGUGGCCGGCGGGGUGAACCUGGUGGCGCCCGGCGUGACGGUGGCGGUGCCCAACGGGGUGAUCCCGGUGCCCAGCGGGGUGAUCCUGGCGCCGGGCGGGGUCCCGCUGGCGCCCGUCGGGGUCCCGCUGCCCACGGGCGGCGCCGGCCCGGCGGUUCCCGGCGCGGGCGGCGCCGAGGGCCCCUUCACGUGCCCGCUGUGCUGGAAGGUGUUCAAGAAGCCGAGCCACCUGGCGCAGCACCAGAUCAUCCACACCGGCGAGAAGCCGUUCGCCUGCGCCGCCUGCGGCCGCGCCUUCAACCGGCGCGAGAGCCUGACGCGCCACGUCAAGACGCACGCCGGCCCGCGCCGCGUGCCCUGCCCCGUGUGCGGGAAGGAGUUCCGCGACGCCGCGUACCUGCUGCGCCACCAGCUGAGCCACGGCGCGCCGCGCCCCGCGCACCGCUGCGACGUCUGCGGCAAGGCCUACGCGGCGCCACAGAGCCUGGUGCGGCACCGGCGAGCCCACGGCGCGCCAGGCGUGGCCGCCGGCCCCUCCUCCUCCUCCUCCUCGUCCUCGUCGCGCUCGUUCCCCUGCGGGCUCUGCGGCCGCUCCUUCGGCCGCCGCGAGUCGCUGCGGCGCCACGAGCGCAUCCACACCGGGGAGAAGCCGCACGAGUGCGCCGUGUGCGGGAAGCGCUUCCGCGAGUCCUUCCACCUGCGCAAGCACCGCGUGGUGCACACGCGCGAGCGGCCCUACCGCUGCGAGCUCUGCGGCAAGGCCUUCGGCUACCCGCAGAGCCUGACGCGGCACCGCCAGGUUCACCGCGCCGCCGCGCCGCCAACACCACCGCCGGCGCAACCGGGGCUGGGCUGCGGCUCCUGCGGGCAGCGCUUCCCCGACCUGCUGCGCGCCGUGGCCGCCAAGGACGGCGCCGCGGCGACCGAGCGGCAGCACGGCUGCGACGGCUGCGGGCAGGUGUUCGGCUUCCUGGAGAACCUGGUGUGGCACCGCCUGGUGCACCCCGCGGCGCCCGGCCCGGAGCCCGGCGCGGCCGAGGAGCCGCCGGGGCCGCCGCGCGCGCCGCGCUUCGCCUGCGCCACCUGCGGCCGCAGCUUCAAGCGUUUCCUGGCGCUGGUCACCCACAGGUACGUGCACCUGGCCGGAGCGCGGCCGCCCUCCUGCGCCGCCUGCGGCCGGCGCUGCGCCGGCGCCCUGGAGCUGCUGCGGCACCGGCGCCGCCACCUGCGCCUCCGCCCGGCGCCGUGCGCCGCCUGCGGCCGCAAGUUCUGGGCGGCGCCGCUGCUCCGCCGCCACCGCCGCUGCUGCCCCGCCCGGCGCCGCCCGCUGCGCUGCCGCACCUGCGGCCGCUCCUUCCCGCGCGCCGCCGCGCUGCGCCGCCACCGGGCCGGCCACCGCCCGCCGCGCUGCCCGCUCUGCGCCCGCCGCUUCGCCCACGCCGCCGGGCUGGCCGAGCACCGGCGCCGGCACGGGCGGGCGCGGCCGCGGCGCUGCCGCACCUGCGGGAAGGCGUUCCGCUUCCGCUCCAACCUGCUGGAGCACCGGCGCGCGCACCUGGGCGAGGCCGUGUACCGCUGCGAGCGCUGCGGCAAGAGCUUCCACUACCUGGGCUCCAUCGCGCGGCAUCUGCGCGCGCACCGCCGGCGCCGCCGCGGGGCCCGGCAGCGCGGGAGGGGCCUGGGAGGGCAGGGGGGAGCGGAGGGGACGGGGACGGGGCAGUGA